GCGGCGUUGCUAAGCGACUGCGCGCUUCGGCAAACAUUCCUGCUCGCCCGGCGUCGGCGUCGCCUUGCCGAGUCUCAGAGUGCCCGACGCCUCGUCAGAGAUGCUGGCGCGGGUUGGAAGGCGCUGUGGAGGUGUAGGGAGGGCGAGGGAAAACACAGAAAUAAAGAACUCUGAAGAAGAUCAGACUCUCCACCCACCUCUUCUGCCUAGCACGGUAGAUCUCCGGCAGGUUACCAUAAUUCCACACAAUGAGUGGAAAAGGAUUCGAGAUAGCCUUGACAAUUUGACAAGAAAAGCAGCAUGUCUUCGUGCAGAGAGAAAGGCAAAGAAAGAAAUGCAUUUCCGAUCCCAAGAAGUAGUAAAACAUUGGACUAAUACAUAUGCAGGGAUGAAAGAACAGAAACUUGAAGCCAAAAAGAAGCGUGAUGAAGAAAUAGAGGCAGAAAGACAAAUUCUUGAUGUGGAGGAAGAAAUAUACAAACAAGGAGAAAGAAAAAAGGCUAUUGAAUAUGCAAAGCAAUAUCAGUUUUACCAGACAGAAAGAGUGAAAAACUUUCAUUCAGGACUUCUUCUUAGUAGAGUAAUGAAAGAGCGUGAUGCACAGAUUGAAUACCAAAAGAAUAAAAUAAAAUCAGAUAAAAAAUGGGAAGAACAAUUGAAACUCAACAUUGAAAAAGCUUUUAAAGAAGAACAAGAAAAAGCAGAAAAACGACGCAGAAACAGAGUGGCUCUUGCCAAUGAUCAUUUAAAACAAAUCAAGGAACAUGAAGAGGAGGAAGAAAGAAGGAGAAAACAUGAAGAAAAGGAUGCUGAAGAAAUAAAGCGACAGAAUUCAUUAUAUGAAUUAGAAAUGAGGAAAAAACUAGAAAAGAAAAAAGAAGAUAUAAGUGAAAGCAGAAAACUGUUUUUUGAACAUAUGAAUGAUAAGAAUAUCAUCAAAGCCGUAGAACUGCAGCAGCAAGAGGAGGAAGAUGAAAAGAUUAGGAAAUUUAUCAAAGCAAAAAAGCGUCUUAUACAAAUGGGGAAAGAAAAAGAAGCUGAAACACACAGGCUAAUGGAAGAAAGGAGAGAAAGAAUAAAUAACUUCCUGAGUGAGCUAAUAAAAGAGAAACUUGACAAUGAAGAUUUGAUUAUUGCUAGAGAUAUUGCAGAGGCUGAGGCUGAAUGGGAAAAAAGAGAAAAGGAAAAAUAUGAAAAAAACAAAGCAGAAUUAAAAGCAAUUGCAGAAUAUAGAGCUGUUGUGAUGAAAAAUAAAGAGGAAGAAGAAAGACAGAGAAAACUAGAGGCUAAAGAACAAUUGCUGGCUAUCAUGAAAGCAGAUCAGAUUUUCCAGGAGCAUGAAAAGGAGAAAAAACGCAAAGCUGAUAAAAAACAUCGAGAAGUUCGAGAUGCCCAUAUUCAGCAAAUGGCCAAAAAUAAAUUUAAUGCAAAGCAAGAAAAACAAGCAGAAUUAGAGUAUUACAGACUUGCUGAAGCACUUGUGGCUGAAAAGGAGAAGGAAUUCCAAGAUUAUGCCAGAGAAGUAAUUGAACUUGAGUCUGAAUCAACAAAUAAAUAUAUUUAUCCUCUUGUAAAAGCUGUACAGGAAGGACACGGAGGUGGCCGUGGACCAGUUUUUGUGGACAGAGGUGGAUUAAGACCCAGUUACCAGGCAAAUGAUACCACUGGAGUCCAGCUUCCUUUUUAUAACUCUCAGGGAUCAAAAUACAGUAAUUUUCAAAAGUCUAAGGGAAGACUAGGUUUUACAUGGUAGAAAAAAGUUUAUUUUUAAGAUUGAGAGGACUAAGUUGUAGCUAAUAUGAGCUACAAUUAAGUCAAUUUUAUGCUUAUAAUUUAAUAAAUCUGCUUUUAAGUGCAAUUAUGUAUAUCUAAUGGAUUCUUCACUACCAAAGUUUAAUAAUUUGAAUUCCUUUAUUGAUAACAUACACAACAUAGUGCAAUUUUAGCCUUUAAAAAAGUUUUCAGUAGCAUUUAGUCACAAUAUUAACCAUUACCAGAUCCAGUUCCAGAAUGUUUCACUGCUCCAAAUGCAAACCCUGAACCUAAGCAGUCACUUCCUACUUCUCUCUCCAUAGCCUCUGGCAACCACUAAUUGGCUCUGUCUCUAUGGAUUUGCCUAUUUUGGAUACUUCAUAUAAUUAUAUGGAAUCAUACUGUGGCCUUUUGUGUCUGGCCUUUUUCAAUUAUUUUCAGGUUUCAUCCAUGUUGUACCAUUAUCAGUUCUUUGUUCCUUUUUAUAGUUGAGUAAUAUUCCAUUGGAAGAAGUUCUCUCUUCAGCAGAAAUGUACAUAAUUACCCUUCAGUACUUAACUUUUAGUUUCAAACAUUACCAAUAUUAUUACUAACAGGAUUACAGAAUUUAUAACUUUUUAAAGUUUAUUUUGUAGAGUGUAACUUGCUAGACAUGUGCAAAUUAGUUUUUAAGUUACCUGAAGUAAUUUCUCUACAAAUAGUUAUAUGAGCAGUUUGAUACACAGGUGACUGUGAGGGUGAUGGCAGCCAAUAGGACUCAAAGUUUUGAGUUGUACAAUAAUUUUCACAUAUCCCAUUGGUAACUGUGUUUAAUAGUGAAAUAAAAGUUCUUUUCCUUUUUCACAGGGCUACUAAAUUGUUAGGUAAUUCUUUUGCCACCAUGUUAAAAAUUACCCAGAUGCUGGGGUGCCUGGGUGGCUUGGUCAGUUAAGUGUCAACCCUUGACUUUGGCUCAGGUCAUGCUCUCAGGGUCCUGGGAUUGAACCCCAUGUCUGGCUCCCUGCUCAGUGAGGAGUCUGCUUGUCCUUCUCUCUCUGCUCCUGCCCUGUCUUUCUCUCCUUUUCUCAAAUGAAUAAAGUAAAAAUUACUGGAUGCAAAGGCUCGAUGAACUAAUAAUAUAAGCCAGGAAACCUCCGCCAUAGAUUUUUUUCUUUAAAUUUUUUUAGAAAGUACUGUACAUUAUUUAGGGGUGAUUACUAGUUUUGGAUGAAGCUAUCUUCACAUUACAAAACAGGAAAUAUGUUUCUACAAAAUGGUUCAUUUCAUAAAUGUUUAUAACCAACUUAUCAGAGUGACAAACAAAAAUUAAAGACAUUACUAGUCUUCUUCCAAUGUAAGCAGUUUGAUUAAUUACCUUUAAUUGGGCUGGUCUUUCUACUGGAAGUAAGCACAUUAAAAACAAAAGGGCUAUCCAAAGUUUCAAAAUUAAUCACAAAACAACUGCGUGUAAAGAACUGAGUGCAGAGCACUCAGAACAGUGGAAACAGAACUGCUGUAAUUUUCCAAUAUAAGAAAUCCAUAGCUAAAAUGUGUGGCUAAGGUAUUUUGGUAUGGAGGGGGAAACCAUGUAAAAAUUAUCAAACAGCACUUAAAGAGAAAAAAAUACUGGUAUUAGGUUGGGAAAGAUGUUUGAGAAGGAAACCUAGAAAGCAAUGAAAAUGGAAAAAGCAAAUUGAUACUAAAAGUAUUUUAAUACACAAGUAAUUUACACAGUUCAUAUGAAGCACUCACAUUUUACAUAUUCUCCUGGCUAAAUAAAGCAUUUAAAAACACUCCAAAAUUCGAGAAUUUAGUAUUACCUGUUAACACAUACAAACCACUGAAUGGUCAGAACAUUUUUAUCUAACCAUAUAUUACUUUCAGUGACUAACUUUCAAGUUGGUGCAUUUUCCCUAAAUAUAUCUAAUUUAAAUAAAAAUGAAACCAAACAAGAAACCAAAACUAGACAAUCUUUUACAAGUCAAUUAACAUCGAUAUGGCUUUACAAUGUUAAGUGUUAUAUUAAAACUGGCAAGCACAGGAUAUAAUACAGUGUUCCCAAUGCUGAGAAAUUUGGAGGAAUUAAAAAGCAAAUGGUAGCAUUCCAGUAGACAAUAAUGCAAAUUCCAAAUCUAACCUUAAGUUUGCUGAGGCAAAAGACACAUUGUAAUCUGAAGCAUUAUGAUUAAACAUUUACAUUAGAAUUUUAUCUCCAAACCUUCUGGAAAUCAUCACUGCUGACUAAAUUCUUAAAGCAGCUCAGUAUUGUUAAAACUCUUUGCUCAGUUUUUCCUAAUACAAAUUCUAUAUCCCCAUGGGUAAAAUAAAAGUAUAUUUUAGUUGAUUUAUCUUCAUUAUUUAGCUUUUAACAAAAAUAAAGGUUGAAUAACUAAUACAACAGUAAUUUUAAAAAUACAAAACAAACUGUUAUAGUUUAUUUAAUGUUUAACUAUAAAAGUUGAUAGUUUCAGAGUUUAAAUUCUGUAAAAUGCAGUUUGCAGAAAACAGUUUUAACAGUUACUAGACUAAUGAUAAAAGAAGCAGCAUUUUGAAACUAAUUAUAUAAUUGUGACAACAACUUUAUUCCUAAAUUUCAUUAAAAAAAUAUACAUCACAGUGACUUUUGAGCUAGGAAAAGAAGUGCAUUAACUUCAUUUGAAUUUAUCCCUUCCACAAAGAGAGCAGCCACAACUUUUAACAUCCCCACAUACAAAUAUCCAAUUCAUUUAUCAAUCCUUCAAAGUACUAGAAACACACAAAAAACAAAAUACACAGCAUGGGCUUUUGGUAACACAGGACUUUGCUUUAAAAAAAAAAAAAAAGGCAGAAACACAACUUAACCCCACAACUCCUCCUAUA